AUGAGCCUCCGCAAAGGCGACAAGCCGCCCAUCAGCAUCCAGGAGCACAUGGCCAUCGACGUCUGCCCGGGUCCCAUCCGCCCCAUCAAGCAGAUCUCCGACUACUUCCCGCGCUUCCCCCGCGGCCUCCCCGCCGCCGCCGCCGCCGCCGCGCCGCUCAGCCGGAGCCAAAGCCAGCGCCGCGCCUCCGCCUCGGCCGGCCCGCCCAGCCCCAGCCCGUCCGGGACGCCCCCGCCGCGGGACGACGAUGAGGACCUGGACCAGCUCUUCGGCGCCUACGGCAGCGGGGACGCCCCGACGGCGCGAGCCCCCGAGCCCCCGCAGCAGCAGCACCACCACCACCAGCAGGACCCCCUUACCCAUCCGCCACCCCCGCCGGCCCGCGAGGAGGAGGAAGAGGAGGCGGCCGACGGCUACGAGUCCGACGACUGCACUGCGCUGGGGACGUUAGAUUUCAGCUUGCUGUACGAUCAGGAAAACAACGCUCUUCAUUGCACAAUCAACAAAGCCAAGGGCCUGAAGCCGAUGGACCAUAAUGGACUGGCUGAUCCAUACGUGAAAUUGCACCUACUCCCUGGAGCCAGCAAGGCGAACAAACUGAGGACCAAAACUUUGCGGAAUACAUUAAACCCCACUUGGAAUGAAACCCUCACAUACUACGGGAUCACAGACGAAGAUAUGAUCCGCAAAACGCUCAGGUGA